GAAGAAGACUCCACGCUCAAGAAGAGGAUAGUUAUGAAACAAGCUAGCUGAUGCUGGACUCAAACAUUUGCCAUCUUCAUGUGUUGUGCUGCGUGUCAGUAAGAGUCGUAAUCCUCGGAGCUGUUACUGUUCAUUUAAAAUAGAGGAAUUUAUUCCGUCCCUGCGUGAAGACAUGAGCUCGGUCAGAGAUGAAGGUAAAGACCGAAUUAUCUUUGUCACCAAAGAGGAUCAUGCAACACCCAGCAUUGCAGAGCUCGUAGAGGAGGAUCCUAAUGACCCAUAUGAGGAAGGAGGUCUGAUUCUUCCCACUGGGGAGAUAAACUGGAACUGCCCCUGUCUGGGUGGGAUGGCCAGUGGACCCUGUGGGACAGAAUUCAAGGAUGCUUUCUCCUGUUUCCACUACAGUAAGGAGGAGGUGAAGGGUUCUGAUUGCCUGGAGCAGUUCAGUGCCAUGCAGGAGUGUAUGCAGCGUUACCCGGAGCUCUAUCCACAAGAAGAUGAGAAGGUGCAAGAACAAGAACGAUCAUCAGAAACAAAGCAGACCUCACAAGAUUCUGCAUCUGCAGAACCGUCAGGUGCAGACUCAACAUCUGCCACCAAGCAAGACUCUGAUACUACACAACCCAACACAGAGGGCUCAGUGGAAAGCUAAUGAUGAGCCUCGAUGGCAGUGUGAGCCACAAAGCUAUAAAGGUGCUAAAUUCCAAAUUCAGAGCAUAAUUAUGAUAGAUGGAUAGCCUUCAGACAGCUCUCAACACGGCAAUGGCUGAGCCGGCGGUGAGCAGCUAACAGCAUGAACAGUGAGAGUGACUUAAUUCUCUGUUCAGGUUGACAUUACUGCUCUAUGUCUUUACAUUGCAAAUAGUUGUUUGUUGCAAUAUUAGUGCUCUAAAUUUUGGAAUUUAGCCCCUUUUUUAAAGUCCAACUGAAAUCACAGUUAGUCAAAAAUAACAUCAACCUUUUGUUUCACAUUUACUGUCAAUAGUUUUUUCUCAUAGAAAGGAAGAAAAAAAUUCAGGGAAAUAGUAGAAAUGCUCAUUUUACUCUCAGUGGCUGAAUGGGUUUGUUUGUGUCUGUGUUUGAUUCACAGCAGAUUGCAGGCUUAGUUAGCCAGCAGGGGAAACAAAGUGAACUAGAGACCAUCUUAUGAUGGGAUCACACCAGCCUGGACGCCAAAUCGGGCCAGGGGAGUAAACUUGAUCGGACCAGGCCCAUCUUUAAACUUGAAUGUGAUUUUGGCCCAAUUCCAAUGUCAUCACACACAGAUUCACAGACUUUGAUGCUCUUUCAUGCAAAGGGUUAGGACUGUCCCGCUAUCUAAUCUUCGUGUGUUUGAGGGCUCACUUGAAGACAUUUUUAGCCCUUCAUUCACACUUUCCAUAAGUCAGCAUUUCUGCAGGGGAAGCACGCAGGCGGAAAUUUUUUUUUAAACAAGAGGAAGGCACAUGACUGUUCAGCCUGGCAUAUUAAAUUAACACGGAAACAUAAUGGAUCAUUUGAAAAUAUCCUCUCAUCUCGCAAGGCAGGAGCCUGUAGGACAUUCGAAUCAGGCAGUGAAAGAUGUAAAAUAAAUCCCCACAGUUGUACAUAACAUGUUUUGCCGUUGUCAAGGUAAUUUGAUAUGUUGCCGCAGAGUGCUUUCCCAUUUGUAUUUACACCAUUUCAAGCCCUUGCAGCCUCUCACACUCAUCCAUUUACCAGGUGACGUCAGUUAAGUCCCUGAGGGUUCAGGGUUUAAGGCCUUGGGUGGACAUUGGGAUUGGGCCUUUGAUCAACUACACAUCUAUAAAGUUUCUUGACUGAAUCUUGCACGGUUGCAACACUAUCCUGGUCAUAAAAUCUGUCCAUAGUCACAAACAAAACUAGUGUUGUUUUUUUGCGGUUGGUAGCAAACCUGCACUGUAAUUUCAAACCAUUUGCCGACAGUGUGCUGCUAGCAUUGAAGAGUGAAGUCCACACCAGCAUCUGAACUGACCAAAGGGAUAUUUGUAGGUAAGUUUACGUGCUGUUUAAUGAGCUGCAGCUGUCCAGCUAGGCUGCAAACUGACAUUAGCAGUCCACUUUUUAUAUUUACACACAUACACACCUUUUGGUUUGUGAUGUUUUUCCUCAGAGGGGAACAGAGUAGAUAUAUGUGCUUCAGCAGACGAAAAACAUGACGAUCAAUUCCAAUUUAACAUUAAUUCUAUUUAUUUUUUAUUUAAGACUGGCUUAUCAUUUUCUAAAACUAAUACAAUGCUAUCAAUGAAGAAAAUAUAUUUAAUGUUUAGAUUCAAGUGGGCAAAACAAGAUUAAAGAAUCUGUAAUUCAUCUAGAGCCUGGAAGACCAUGGUUAUUAUACACUUAACAUCUCAGUGUAUUUUUAUUUUUUUCCUUUGUCUCACGGUAAGAUGUUUUAGUGCCCAUAUUGUGAUUAAACCUUACUCUGAAUUUGUAAAAUAAUAGUAAAAACAUGUUUUAUGCUCAUACCCUUUUUAUUUCCAUUCUCUUAUCUGUGCUAUUUUCUUGCAAUGUGCAUUUUACAUGCACAUUAUGUCAAAGUAUAUUCAUGUUAGACUUUGACUCAAAGUUUAUAUUAGUAAUGUUACUGAUAAUAUUGCUAAAUUCACAGAGGAGUGAAGAAUGUACUGAAGACUACCUUUCAUCUCUACUGUGUAGUGUUUAGUGGUGUGUUUCCACAGUGGCCACCUGUCAGAUAGGACUGCAUUCCUUCUGCUAAUCUAUAACCAGACCUAAAACUUUUACCUCAGCUAAACUUAACUAAACCAAUUGUGUCUAACACAGGACUG